UGUUGCAGCCGAGCAAAUGUAGUCGCAGCAAACAUUUCAGCAGCCAGACCCGCGUCUUUCUCUCCGCGGUGGUAACACGUUUUUUUUUUUACUUGCUUCGCUUUAGCUUUUAAAAACGCGCUUUUCCCUCAUUCCUAUUUCACUACUAGGCAAUACUGAUUGUAUAUCCGAUUAACAACCCGUUUUCAGUUAAACAACCAUAAUAUACAUUUUAAACGACGUUUAUUUAAGAGAACACGUCUGAAUCCGACUGGACUAUAACAAGUCCACAGAGAGACAAGAAGCAAGGACAUGCAGCAGAGAGGUCAAUGAGGAGGAUGACAACACGACAACAGACGACAGCGAAGGAGGGAUGAGAAAGAGACUGAAAUAAGAGGAGGAAGUGGAACUCCAAAGUGCCUACUGCUUGGGGUCGCCUGCUGCUGGAUGAGUGCAGGACGGGGCUCAGUGUGUGUUUGGCCUUGAAUGGAGGCUGUAUUUUAUCCUGACAGCCACAGAGUCAUCCAUCCCACGUUACUGAGCUGCAGUCCCCACAUACCUUGAGCUGAAACGCCUUUUCGUCUCAUCACUGCAAGGACACCAUCCCAAUAAGGUUCUGCUUUUGUUUCUGUCCCACAGAAAUAUUCUUUCUCAGGCUACUCUGACAUUACCACAGGGACUGCCCUAGCCCUGGCCAUGUUGACGUGAAUGUAACGAGGAUUUACGGUGGGUGUCAGUCCAUUCAGGUGAAGGCACAUGCGCUCAGUGUGCAACAGUGAUAGCUAGAGGUAGUUUCUGCUUUUUCUUUUUUUUGCUCUUUGAGACGGAGCUGGCCUCUGCUCACAGAUUGCCCCCUUUAUCUUGAACUUCAGCUGCCACUUUUCCCAGGAAAAACUAAUAAACAUCCCUUGAAAUACACAAUCCGAGAGGACUUGCUGCCUAUUUAAGCUGAGGAAAGGCAGACCUUUUUUUUAGCUUCUGUUUCUGUUUUGCUGCAAAUUUUUUUCUCUUGCAUCAGUAUUAGUCACCCCUGCUCCUACCAGAGAGUUUUCCAUCCGUCUGCCUUCGCCACUGUUUGUUUGUGAGCGACUCUGAUGGCUGUCAGCAUGACUAUGGGACGGGACACCAAAUGGCUGACCCUGGAAGUGUGUCGUGAGUUUCAGAGAGGCACCUGCUCGCGAUCUGACGCCGAGUGCAAGUUUGCUCACCCCGCCCGGAGCUGCCAUGUGGAGAAUGGCCGAGUCAUCGCCUGCUUUGACUCGCUCAAGGGUCGCUGCACCCGUGAGAACUGUAAAUAUCUGCAUCCACCACCGCACCUGAAAACGCAGCUGGAGAUUAACGGGAGGAACAACCUGAUCCAGCAGAAGGCCGCAGCGGCCAUGUUGGCUCAACAGAUGCAGUUCAUGCUGCCUGGAGCCCAGCUGCAGCCCGUAACAACAUUCCCGAUGACACCCUCUCUGGCAACAUGUCCCAGUAUGGCCUUCAGUCCCUAUCUGAGCCACAUGGGUCCUGGCAUGAGCCUGAUGCCCGAGCUGCUGCCCAGCGCUCCCAUGCUGGUCCCUGGGAGUCCCACCGGUCUGGCAGCCAUGGGCAACGGCACCUCCGCACAGAAACAUGUGCGCACGGACAAGCUGGAGGUUUGUCGAGAGUUCCAGCGUGGUAACUGCACGCGGGGAGAGAGCGACUGCCGCUACGCUCACCCUCUUGAGGCCGGCAUGGUGGACUGCAGCGAGAACUCGGUCAUCGUCUGCAUGGACUACAUUAAAGGCCGCUGCAGCCGAGACAAGUGCAAGUACUUCCAUCCCCCGGCUCACCUCCAGGCCAGGAUCAAGGCUGCGCAGCACCAAGCCAGUCACAAUACGGCGUCCGCAGGCCUGAUGACUUCUCUGUCUUUCCAGGUUCUCCCUCCAGGUGGCAUGCAGCAGCUACCAAAGAGGCAGAUCUUAGAGAAGAGCAACGGAGCUGCCGCCACCGUUUUUAACCCCAGCAUGUUCCACUACCAGCAAGCCCUGGCUAACAUGCAGCUCCAGCAGCAAACCUUCAUCCCCCACGUUCCCAUGAUGCACGGUGCCACCACCUCCACUGUUUCGUCGGCUUCGACCCCAGUCACCAAUGUUUUCGCUGAAUCUGCCGCCUCGAAUCAGUAGACGCCUCCGAGCUCCUGACUCCGGAUCCAGUGGAGCUCCAGUGCGUUCCCAUGGAAACCCAUUACUGUCCCGUUCCCAAACUGCUGAUGGCGGCUCCGGUGGCGCUAAACUCAGUAAGCCUUUCCCGAAACCCCAGUUAGAGUUCCUGAAACUUGUGCACUACCAGGGCGGCAGUCUUUCCUGAAUGCAGCAAACAUGUGCCUCUCCUACAGAGUGAGAAACGUCUUAUUGUGAACGUCAGAAAGCUGCGAAUGUUGACGCAAUACAAGCCUGGACGUGAUACUGUUGUUAACUGACUCGAUCAGGCUGAGCAAUAGAGCUCCCUCGUUCUUACAGCCAUACACAUACACACCUUAAAAGUGCAGCACACACACGCACACAAACACAUACACACAUGGGUUGGUGCCAUCAAAUGAGGCGACCCUUAACUUUGACUGUACCAAAGUCAAAAACUUUAAAAAGCUUUUCCUGGAAAUUUAAGCGACAAAUGGACCUGCCGCUGGUCUAAAACCAGAGAGUGUUGUCAAAAUGAAAGAGUGUUUCAUAUCAUGUCAUGUUUACGUUCCAAGAUGGCUACACAUGUGAUCUUUGUGUUGUAUCAUGUUUCAUUUAGUUCUCAUCUCGCCUGAAGGAACACCAAGUUGUUGUUCAUUUGUUGUGCCUUUGAUUUAUCUGCUCAGCUGCAGAGGAGACUUAGUUUCACCAAAAUAAUGCAAAACACUUGACAGCAUACAUUGAAAGAUUUCCCAAAUUAAGACAAUUAGAGUUUUUACAAAAAUACCUUGUAUCAACCUAUAGCAAGAAAAUGUAAGAAUUAUAUUGAUGCCACUCUAAAUUCAUAUUGUUUGAUUAUCAAGAUGAUUUUUAUCGCCCUGGUUUCACAGUCAGCAUGUGGUACUUACUGCAUAAAAGCUGCAAAUGAGGCUUUACUCCUAAUGUAAUGCAACAACCUUAAAACAAAAUUUAAAUAGGUAGGAGAUAUUUAAGAUUGUGGCUCUUCCUUUCUUGAUUCAAGAACAAACUGCCUUAAAAGCAGAUGAGGUUUUUAAAACGGUUUUUAUUAAGUGCUGCAGUAUUUUCAAUCGUGACUGUGAUGGGUAAUUGUUAAAUAACUGAAAAGGAAGAUUUGUUUGGCCCGUUUUCCUCCAUGGUUUGAUAUCAAAACAUGGUUUAAAAGAACGACAAUCUGCAGGCAAUGAGUCUCAGACACAAACCCAGAUUUCCUGUGGUAAACUCACAAGAAAUCAGAGUAAAGACUAAAUAAUACUAAACAAAGAUUACGGCCUGGUAUAAUUGGCACUUCUUUUUAAACAUUUAAACCUGAUGUGAGAAUUAUUGCACAAGAUGGGAGCUGGAUUUGUUUUUGAUGUGGUGCCUAAAUUAUGUGUGUGCCAAGUGGUGGUUGAGCUGCCCCCAUUUAGUGCAAUACCUGAGAAAUCUCUCUAAAUGAAUGUUUCCCUCUCAAACUCACUUCAGGGAGAAAGCUUAGAACUUGAAAUGUCCUGUCUCACUUUAUAACAUGUGGUCUUUUCUACUGAUGUGUCCUUUCUGUCAGAAGUAGUCGGACUCUGAAUAUUGCAGCCACAGCUAUUAGCACCAGAAUUGAGUGUUGGUAAAGUCAGGAAAUGGAGGAAAAAAUGUGAUGUUUGUUGAUUAAAAAUAGAGAAGCCAGUUUUUGGUUUUCAAAUGACUGUAAGUAAAUUGCUUUAGGUGCAAAUAAUUUAAAGUAGCGGCUCUGGAAAACAACCUGAAAUCACUUUUAUCCAAAUUAAAAUGUGCCUAUCUUAAGUCUCCUCAAACCACCACUGUCAAUACACUGUAGGAACGGACCAGUGCUCAAAUAAAGAUGUGUUAAUUGGUACAUUAUGAUAACAGUAAAUCACAUCUGUACUUGGUUAUUCUCCGAGAUAGCUGUGCUGUCUUAUUAUGUUUAUGUAAAGAAAUGGAUCUGUGAGUUUUGUGCAUACUUAAAUGUGUUGAAACAGACAGUGAAUCACAUUCAUUAGUUCUAAGUGCUGCAGAUAUUACGGCAUUUCCCACUGAACAUUAUUCAUUUUAAAUAAUGUUAUUGUGUCGUGAAUGUAUCUAAUGCAAAAACUCUACACAUGCCCUCCAAAUAACGGGCAUGUUGAAAUGUAACGAUUCACUAUAUAUAUUUCUGAGGUCACAUAGUAACCAUGCUGAUACUUUGUUCAGACAUAUUAAAGUAUGUGUAUUGUUAUAUAGAUUUAUAUUUAAUGUCAAUUGAUGGUGUGACUACUUUUAGAAAUAUCUUUCACUCUGAGAAAAGUAGAGCAGAAGUGUACAGGUACAUUACAGUACCAUUUCUAACAGUCUAAAGAUCCCAAAAGUGCCCAUAAUGCACCUGUAAACAACGGUAUAAUCGCGGGGGAAGAGUUGCAGAAAUCAGCAUGUUGACUCUUCUUUAUAGCAUUUUUUGAACUAAGUAAUAGCGUAGAAAAACCAUUCAGUAGGGGUCCUGCGCAAAGAUCUAAUCGCUCACCUGCUCGCCCGCCAUUAACAAUAGCUACUGUUUUCAAUGGGGGCAAUUUGGAAGCACCGCUCCCAUUGGGUUGAGUGGGUGAAUGCUUUCUUCCCUUGAGUGAAUAUUGUACUGAAAAAACAUAACCUUAGCACCACUGAGGGCUGUAUCUUAAGUUGAAGCUGAAUUUUAAAAAAUGUGUCACAUUGAAUAACAGUGUGCUUUCUGUCUAAGUUAGAUGAGAAGAUUGAAACGGCUCUCCAGAGUGUUAGCUAUGAAGCUAGCACCUUAGCAUGACAAAAGUUUGAGGUUAUUUUUAUUAUUUUGAACCUAAUUUGUCCUUUCUAUACUGCAUUUUCUUGUAACAUAUUGGUUGAUAUUUAGACCAAGAAACUACUUCCACUCUAAGCUAAUAAUUGCCAAUUUAUUGUCAGCUCUACUUGAACAGAGUCGGCUAGCUUUCCCCCUUGUUUCAGUCUUUAUGCUAAGCUAAGCAACAUUUAUGCUGGUUCAAGACUCUUAUGUACCACCCAGUCAUGAGUUUGACAUCAAUCUUCUUGUCUAACUCUCUUAAAGAAAACAUAUUAAGUAACAUAUUUCCUGAAGGGUAGCUUAACGACUCAGCACUCCUCUUUAACCCCUGUUCUGUGUUGAGCAGCUAUAUCUUCACAAGUCUUUGAAAAAAAGAAAAAUGUUUCUCCUAUUCAAUUAUAUUAAUGAUUUGAAUGUCCAGACAAUUUAGUUUGUCUAAAUCUUAAAGUUUUGAAGGACUAGCUUUGUCCAGCCAAGAACACAUCCCUUCACAUCAUUAUGCCUUCACUCACUGCUCUCUAGCUGGAAAACAACAGAAUACUUGAUCAAUAAAUCGUGCCUCUUGUUGGCACUUACAUUUUUAAGUACAUUUAAACAUAUGUAUUAAUGCAGAAGAGUGUGUAAAAGGAAUUAUGAUGUGGCAUGAGAAUUCUUUGUUAUUAUCUAUUACCCUUGUUCCAAUGUUUCUCUUCUCUUUUAGGCCUUCUGUUUUUUCAGUCAUGAAUCAUAACUCCUGAAAAUGCAAAACGCUCUGAUCAUUGUGUCCAGUGAACAGAUCUUUAAGCAUGUGGAUGGUUUAUUUGGUCCUGAGUAUGUUUUCUGUUGCCCGAGGCACACAGGGCCUUACUUCUUGAUCACUGUAUAAAGAUGUGAUAGCUGUAUGAGAGUGACAUUUAUUAAUGGAAAGUUAAGCUUUUUUUUUUAACCCGACAUUAAAAAAAAAAAAAAAACAGCAUGGAAUAAAAGUCAUUUAUACAUAGUUAAUAGUUUGUGUAGACCAACAAAAAAAAAGAUAUAAAAUAAAAUCAUUUGUAUACAAUGAUGGAGUCAUUGUUUAUGGUAAUUGUUGCUAUGGCAACAACAUGACAACAUGGCUACCUUUCUAUUAUCCUUCUUGGGAUUUUGUUUUUCACAUUAAUUGAAAUAGCAUACAUCACUAACUUAUUCAAAAAGGGAAUGUUUAAUUAGUUUGUCUUGUUAUCGCAGCGUGAUUAAAUAUUUUGUAUGAAAAACCUAAAUCCUUGUAAUAUCCAAAGGUCCUUCGGGGAGAUCAGGUGUUUCUUUUGUUUUUUUCUUUUGACCUUAAUUCUUUUUGUUCUUGUACAUGGUGUUUUGAGAAAUAAGAAUGGACUUUUAAAGCAGACACCUAUCUGGCAGGAAAGAGGCUUUUGGAUUAAUUGAAAGAUCUUCAUCUUUUUCAGUAAAAAUCAAACUUGUCAGCGAUGCUCACUGUUCACCUCCUCUCUCAGAGUGUGUGAAGGCCGAGCAGAGUAAGCUACUCUGUUUCAGUUUCAAACAGGAAGGUGGUUCAGAGGUCUCUUUGUUUCCCAGCUGUGCUGGGUGAUGUCGAUCCUUGCUGAGGUGUAUACGAAUGUGUGAUGUUCACCUUGUUUGCACUUAUGUACAUAACUGUGUCAAAAUACUCAAAAUUUAUUUUGAAUAAAUAUAGAAAAAAAGAGUUGAUUAAAAAUCAAAUCAAUGUAUUGUUAUGAGUAUGUCUAUAAUUUUAUUACUGUGUUAAAAGAUCACUCUGAGGGAUCUUUACUUUGAUUUGUUUUUAUUUGUUUGCUCGCUAGAGCCUUGUUUUAUGCCAAGCAUGACAUUGCCUAGCUCUAAACCACAAAUUCUUUGCUUUAAAAAGCGCUCAGUUCUUUACUGUAUUAUCUGAACCCGAUAUCAAACAAGAGAAGAAAAAGUCAGUCUAAGAUAAAAAAAAUAAAAAAACAGGACUAACUUUGUCUUUAAAUGCUCAUCAUAAAUACAUGGAUGCAGAUGCAUUCCUCUCUCCAGUAAUGCAACAAAAUAAAGCUCUGCAUAGCUCCACCUGCAGCCAGGAAGAAAAGAGGAGCAGAAAUAAAAAUCAGUUGAAUUGGUCAUAGUUUCAAUUUCAGUUUUGUAUUUACUUUGAUCUUUUUUAUUCUUUGCACUCUUGUUGUCAAUAACCUUAAACCAUAAAUCAGUCAAAAUUGCAAACAAUCUGGUUUUACAAUGUUAGUCGUGCAGCAGCAGCAGCAACAAUAAACAGCUCUGUUCCUGCAGGUUUGGACAUGUGAUUUUAAAGACAGCCAAGUGGUGGAUUGAGUCAUCCUGGUGUAUCUGUUCACCGCCCUCUGACUCCACAUGUGGACUGGAAUAUAAUACUGUGGGUUGACAGUUACACAAACAAGUGAAUAAGAAUGUGACUUUGUUUUACUUUUUUUUUGUCAUUAUUUGAAUACAAUUCAGUUUUAAUUGUGCCUUUAUCAUGCAAAAUGUAUAUUCUUUUCUUUUUACUCUGCAUUUUAAUUUACUUUUUACAGCACUGCAUUGAGUGUGUGUAAAACGUGUCCCUUUAUUUAAAAUCCUUUGUUGGAGAGUCGUUAUUAAACUGAGGACAGUCUCAGACUGAAUGGCAACCCGUGGGAGGCGAUGAGGGCCAAAGACUGUUCAGGACUAAGCCAUAUGAAAAACUCUCUCUGACACUCCAGGACAACGUGACCGCUGUUUCUUCGUCAUAUAUCUUUUCACUGUUUUCUGCUUGUGGUGCUUGUAUGUGCUGCUGUGCUACAUGCCAAUUUAUUUUGCAGUGUAUAGCUAUUAAGAGUAAGUUACUGUGCCUAUGAUGAGUUCUGCUAUUUCUGUUUGACCUUUAAUAAAACACAUAAUUGUGA